GAAGAGGGAGUGACCCUGCACGUGAUCGCGAGGAAUUAUGAUCCAUUGGGGAACAACUUGUCAGACUGCCUCCGCACCACCACAGUCCUGAAGAACAGCGAGAACCACACCGGCAAAACAAGUGGUCACGUUCAUGAAUCACAAGGCUGCUAAAUGGAUGUCCAUUGACCAGGGACUAGUAGCCUUCGCUGAUGAGAAUGGAGAAUUUAAUUUCAUGAAAACUGCAGAAGACUCGGCUGGCCCCAAAAUGUCGUACAAAUUUUUGCAUACGGAAGAAAGCUGCUGCGUUAUGGAGGUGACCUACGCUGGAGCCAAGAGGACGGUGCUACAGGUGGAGAAAGAGUCGACACAGGAGGAUACCGACGAACGACACUGCGUGUUGUGGGCGAAACAAGACGCACUGGACGCUCGUCAUGCGUCGUGCGAAGAAUACUUCUUGCAUAACUGCGUCACGAAACACGUGUACACUGUUUACAACAGGACAGAAUGCACAUCGGCACGAUCGCAUUCGCCUGCGGAGAUCAGAAGCGAGGCUAUCGGGUAAUAAAAAGAAAAUGAAUGCAA